UGUCCCCUCAGGCCCUCUCUCUCUUGACACUGACAGGCAGCCUGACGGCAGAUGGCAUUACGCCACCGCCCCUCCCCUCCCCUCGCCGUGACGUCACCGCAAAACCCGGAAGAGAGCUGUAAGCGCCGUGUGGCGGGGAUUCCUCAGUCGCGCCUGAGCGGGUCACAUGAUCAGUAUGAGCGAUGGCUCCCGUCAGGCGGAGUCUGGCACUCAGCUCCUCGCUAGACUGGAAGGCCGUGCUUCCCUGAGCAACCUUGAGCCACUCCUAUUCGCUGAUGAAGGGUGUCCAGUUCAUGGUGAAAUCACUGAAUUCUAUGGGCCUGAAGGCACGGGAAAGACGGAGAUGCUUUGCCAUCUAAUAUCACGCUGUAUUCUGCCAAAGUCAGACGGUGGUCUCCAGGUGGAAGUGAUCUAUAUAGACACAGACUAUCACUUUGAUAUGCUCCGCCUGGUCACUAUACUAGAGCACCGGCUGGCACAGAAUACUGAAGAAGCUGUAAAGCAGUGCCUUGGCAGGUUUUUCCUGCUGUACUGCAAUAGCAGUGUCCAACUGCUGCUGACGCUCUAUUCCCUUGAGAACAUGUUCUGUAGCCACCCGUCUCUUUGCCUCUUGAUCAUAGACAGUAUAUCCGCCUUUUACUGGAUAGACAGGAAUAAUGGAGGGGAGACCUUUGCGAAGCAAGAAACCAACCUUCGGAAAUGCACAGAGCUGCUCCAUAAACUGCUCAAAGAAUACCAGCUGGUUCUGUUUGCCUCGACCCAAGCCAUCAUGCAGAAGUCUCCAAACGAAGCCGGCGAAGGACCUUCGCGUUCGGGCAAGCAGAACAGCUCCAGCAUGGACUACAAACCCUACCUUUGUAAACUGUGGCAGCAGGGGGCAACCCAUAGGGUUUUGUUCUCAAAAGAGCUAAGGAACAACGAGCAGAUAUAUUCCAUCACGUCCUGCCACCUGAAAACCAGAAAUGGUGUCAAGCGUUCUUUUAGAAUAGCAGAAUCAGGGGUUCAGUUUCUCUGAUGAUUGUAUAAAGCUAAAGGAACACGUGCGUAUGAACAGGGAUGCUCUUCCUAUGGCAGAGGUUGGUUCUGUCGGGCAGAGGUUGCUCCGCUUUCCCUGAGACAACACAGCAGAUAAAUGGUCCUGUGUUCUGUUAGCCUUUUAUUCACAGUAUCUGUGAGCUUCUUUGUUACUUUUGUAGCUAAAAGUCCUUUUAUAAGUAGAAUAACUAAUAUUAAAUUAUGUAUUUCUUACCUCUCUUAGUAAAAGUCAUUAAAGCUUGCAAUUGUUUUUUAAGG